CUGACUCGCACCACGCCAUUCGAGUAACGAUGUCGAAACGGAACGAAGAUGUCGUAGACUCGUCGAGCUCCGAGGACGAAGUAACGAAAAGUGUGUUAAGGGAAGCGACAAAUCAUGAAUUCUUCAAGGAUGUUCAUUUGUUCGAAAAGAAACCCGAUGACACAAGGAUUUCUCAGCAAAAACAGUCACAGAAUUCUGUCAAACGUUCAGAAGAUUUGGCGAAACCCAAAUCGUUGAGACGAGAUUUAGAACAAACGGAAAGAUUUAAGAACUUCGGUGUGACUCCGUCGUUUCAGGAGUAUGUUGCGAGAAAACUGGAUGAAAUGAUAGAGAAAUCUAUCGAAUUUGUAGAUACGAAAGACGAUAAUUCUGUCGUAACUGCUACAGAAAAUACAAAUAACGGUUCUGGUAUAAAGCUCUUCAGUUCUUCUGUAGAAUUUUUAUCAGUCGAGGAAGAACCUGAAAAACUUCCUAAAAAGAGAAAAGUUAAAGUAACUAUAGACGAGGCUGCAACAAUGUUGAAAUGUAAAGAAGUUGCAGUUGAUGCCGAAAGAAUAUUAUCUAAAUCGGAUACUAAAGCUUGGACGAGUAAACGAGGGGAACCAGAAUUCAAAUAUAAGAAAUUAAAAAAUGGUACUUUAGUAGAGAAAACAUAGCAUUAGUGUAAGUUAAUUAUUUUUUAAAACUGUUGUAAGAUAAAUAAAAAUAAUUUUACACGCAAGAUAACUGAAGAAGUGAUAAGUAAAUAGUAAUAUAAAUAACUAAUAAGUACAUAAUUAGGUAGUAAGUAAAUACUAUUAUAAGUAAAUACUAUUAUAAGUAAUCAAAGAAAUUCUAAUCAUGACGGAAUAAUUUGUUUUGUAUAAAAACAUCGAGGUUUAAUGAUCAAUAAACAUUUAUUUUCAUGAUAUUAAA